GCAUAAUCUCAUUGUUUGGGCCCAAAGUAUCAAACUCCUUAGCCACCUCUGCCAAUUAAGCCUUAGCUAUGAAGCUUCUCUGAACAUCGCGGGAAGGUGGCUACGAAACAACCAGCUGACCGAGCUAUGGAGUUGAUAUAUUUAUACCGUACCCAUUCGGUUGAGUGACAUGGCUGGGAAUUAUCCCAAUACAAACAUGUCUGAUUCCACUUUCGGAUCACUAAACUCACCAGAGAGUAAUAAUGCCAACCAGUCAAACUUCGAGUUUUCCGAUUUCUUUGAGCUCAAUGAGUGGGUAGAGGAAGAUCCGGCAUUCCUGAUUUAUGGGUAUCCCCAGACUCCGAUUCGUGCAGCAACCGAAGUCAAUGAUGCCGGUGGAAGUAGCAGCCACCAUGAAGGACCUGGCAAUGGAGACAGUGGGAAUGACCGGGAGAGGGAAGUCAGAGAGAAGGUUGCUUUUAAAACAAAAUCCGAUGUUGAAAUACUGGAGGAUGGGUACAAGUGGAGGAAGUACGGAAAGAAGAUGGUGAAGAAUAGCCCAAAUCCAAGGAAUUAUUACAGGUGCUCAGCUGAAGGAUGCCCUGUGAAAAAGAGAAUCGAGCGAGAUAGGGAGGAUCCAAAGUACGUGAUAACAACCUACGAGGGUAUCCACAACCACCAAGGUCCUUCUCAGUUAUGAUUUUCUUUAAGAAAUGUGAGUUCUAGGUUACAUUUAUGUAGCUAGAAUUGUACAAGAAGUACUACUGUUAGUAGUUAGUUACCUACCAUCAUCAUGUUUAUGUGCUAUAAAGGAUUGUGAGGUAGUGAGAUCAGAAUAGGCGCCACAGCCAUAACAUGAUGAUGCUCUUAUCAUGUAUGAUUAAAUCAAUACCUCCAUCUUGUCUACACUCGUCAUUCCAAAAGCAGAGUAGCCAUAUAACAGAUGCCCUGGCAUACAAAUUAAAAAAUGUAGUCACAUUAUAAUUUUCCGUCUCAAUUGAGCUUAACCUGUACAUGAUAGGUUAGAUUCAGGGUCGUCAUUAUAACAAAAACCAAGCAUUAUUCACACGUAUGCGCACAAAGAUGAGUAAAAACAUUGGUCCUCAAUGAAUGAAAUUUCUUUAGCUACAGAAGAACUAUGAAGAUUUUAGAGAAAGUGGUACAUAAGAUGUUCUCAAUAAGAUGAUGUACUAAUCUUCCCAACAAUGAAAAUU